UCUAAAAACAAACAAACAAAACAGAAACAGAAAUGUAUGAAAAUAUAUUAUUUAAGCAGACAUGCAGUAUUAUGCAUCUAUUCGUUUAAGCAGCCUCAGUAACAUCAGGAGAACUGCGCGCGCUGUUAGUGUGUAUUAUUUAUUGAGGAGGGCCCUCGGUGCGGCCAUGGCUGCAGCUCCUAGUCACGGAUGCACACACACACACACAAACAUACACACACACACACACACACACACACGGGGCUGACAGGCUGCAGUCACACAGGUAGGCUCCUCCAAUAAACACCUGUGCGUUUUUGCUUUGAAUGACUGUGACACACAGCGACUGAUCGGCGGGAAGCUGCUGCGUGAACUGUGAAGACCCUGUCAGGCUUCACGUCGUGUCCCGUACAGCUGACAGAAGCUCUGAAAUCUUUACUGAAGCUCGUUUGUGUCUCCCAGACGUCCCAUCCAGCAGAUAUUAAGAGCGACUUCAAUUUUAAACGCACCCUAAUAGAAUCUGAGGGGAAAUGAAAACGAGCAGAAACUAAACUAGAACAAUUAUGUACAUAAAGCAGUUAGAAAACCAUCGCCAGGAACAAAAUUGGGAAAUAAAUGAAGGCCGACCAAUGCAAUUAAUGUGCUGCUAAAUAUUAUCUGCGCCGGAUAGCCUCGAAAAUAAACCUCAACACAGCUGAUUUGAUGUCUGCGCAACAUUGUUGAGCAUAAUUUAAAAUAAUAACUUGCUAGUACUAUCAGUGCACCCCCCACUUUAAAAAAAAAAUCAGUUUGAACCUGUCAUAGGCCGUAAAUGCAAAUAAGCAGUCUACCUCGAGCUUUUCUACUGGUUCAGAUGAGUGUGUUAAAUGUCCUGGAGAUAUGUGCGCGUGAGUGUGUUUGUGUGUGUGUGUGUGUGUUUGUGUGCGCGCGUGCGUACGGGGGGCUCCUCUCUGGACGAAUCCGUUCCGUUGCGCGUUCGAGUCCGCCUCUCCGCGCCCCUGCUUCCCAUUGACGCACUUUUUAAGCGUCUUCCCCUUCUCCACCUUAAGGCGAGCAGCAGCGGCAGCGACCAAUCACCAUGCCAUUACAGCCUUCAGAGGAAGCUGUUUAUGGGACUGCAGCGCUAAUUAGGCUCAUGAACUAACAAAUCUGCCCGCACGAAGCCGGCGAGGAAAACGAUCACAUCCAUGGAUUAGUCUGGGAGUAGCUGAGCACUUUUUAUUUUGGCUUUCUCGACACUGCCGCCUUUUCUCAACUUAUUUACUGCGCAGAAACUUUCCCCCUUUUCUUGGGUGUGGAGUAUUUUUUAAGCGAGAGCGCCUACGACGACUUCACCUUAAACUGGGGAAUCUGGACUAUCAGACCAUGUUUCAACCUACACCCAAGAGGUGUUUUACUAUAGAGUCUUUAGUGGCGAAGGAUAAUCCUGUACCGGCGUCCCGCUCCGAGGAGCCCAUCAGGCCAGCGGCUCUCAGCUAUGCAAACUCCGGCCAGAUGAACCCGUUUCUGAACGGCUUUCACUCCGGCGGCAGGGGCGUCUACUCUAACCCGGACUUGGUGUUUGCCGAGGCGGUCUCUCAUCCGCCAAACUCCGCCGUCCCGGUGCAUCCGGUGGCCCCGCCGCACGCUCUGGCCGCUCACCCGCUUUCAUCCCCACACAGUCCGCACCCUCUUUUCGCCAGCCAGCAAAGGGACCCCUCAACUUUCUACCCCUGGUUAUUACACAGAUAUAGGUACUUGGGUCACAGAUUUCAAGGUAAUGAAACGAGUCCAGAGAGCUUCCUUUUGCACAACGCGCUGGCCAGAAAGCCCAAAAGAAUCCGGACAGCUUUUUCACCUUCGCAACUCCUGCGGCUCGAACACGCGUUUGAGAAAAACCAUUACGUGGUGGGAGCAGAAAGAAAGCAGCUCGCCCACAGCCUUAGCCUCACAGAAACUCAGGUAAAAGUGUGGUUUCAGAACCGGAGGACGAAGUUCAAACGACAGAAGUUGGAAGAGGAGGGCUCGGAGUCUCAGCAGAAGAAGAAGGGAUCGCAUCACAUAAACCGGUGGAGACUGGCGACUAAACAGUCGAGCCCAGAGGAAAUUGAUGUCACUUCGGACGAUUAAAAAAAAAAAGGCUAUAUAAGCGUCUGAGUGAAGGAGGACAUGGAUAAAGGAUGCCGUGUAGAGACAGUGAGAGGGUAAAAAAGCCAAUGUCACAUUCAGAUCUCCGGAGAUCGGCAGCUGAGGGUGAGAGAAACCCGACUGGUGGCACUGCUGUCACAGUGAGGGUCUGUCAGUCCAGAUGACCCGGGAAAAUGUGACUGACAGUGUCUCAGUCCACCUACCUGAACCCUUCCACGCACCAACCACCACCACUACAAUCCCCCCCAUCAACCAUAUUUCUUUUUCUCCAAUUCACAUUGGACGUUUGCACUUCAGAAGGUUUUUUUUUUUUUUUUUCUUAAAAAAAAAAAAAAACGUUUCCACUCAAGAUACCAAAACACAAAACUGCUUUUGUAAAACUUGAAUUGCAUGGUAUAGUUUUUUCCUGGUAGUUGUUUUAAUUUGACAAGUUUUCUCCAACAAGAAGAAAAAGAAAAAACAAUUUUGUUUUUAACUCUAUUUUCCAAACUGAGAGAUGUCGUGCUUCUUCCUUUUUACAAAGUGUGCAGUCUUUAAUUAAUGAUUCUCGUGUAAAAGUGAUUGUGAAAACAUAUGAAGUAGCGGUGCUGCGUUAUAGUGGUUAUUUUUUUUUUGUUUUUUUUUUUUAAGAAAAACUGAACAAAAAGUGAUUUUUCGGAGAGGAAAGAACAAACCUUUCAAAAAAAAGUGAAUCAGACCACAGAUAUAAAAAUACUUAAAGGGAAGGUAUCAGCACAUUCCUUUAACCUAAAGCUUUACCAAUGUGUCGCUGUGGCCCCAUGCAGCCUUCUGUCAGGACUGGUCCCUCCAGUGAAAGUUUCCACGAAGGACUAAAUGCAAGAAUUGAGAGAAAGAAAAAAAAAACAACUUCAAGCACUGAGCGUAUUCCAUGUACAGAAAUGCUAAAAGUUAAUGUUUCUGUUAAACCCUCUUUUACAGAAUGUAAAUAAUUUUUGUGUUUGUGUUAAGUUUGCUACAAUUUUAACACAAAGUAUACUUCCAAGAAGUAUGUAAUUGUCAAUAUUUUGUCAAUAAAGUUUUAUCAAUA